AUGGAAGCUUAUGCCUCAUACGACGUAGUCAGGGAAAAGUUCAACGGAUACUUUGUUCACCCGGUCAAUGAAGUCUACGAGUCCAGCCGGUUACACAAACGCAAUCAGCUGCCCGGAGAGACUGUAGACGCGUUCUAUACAGUGCUCAAAAACAUGGUGAAGAAGUGCAACUACCCUCUCACGGUAGAAGAUCGUCUCGUGCGCGACCGUUUUGUCGUGGGUCUGCUGAAUUCCCGCCUGUCGGACCAGCUCUGCCGCGUCUCGAAGCUCACUCUUCAAGAUGCGCUGACUCAAGCUCGCCAGCACGAAGACACUGAAAAGGAGAAACAAGCCCGGAGUUCUCAAGCAAAUCCUUUCAACAUAGACGCUCUUGGAAAGCAGCAAGCCAGUGCCCACAGCUCAGACGCGUCUCAACGCUGCUCUCGUCCAGAAGAUAACCAGCAACGCGUCUCAUUGAGCGCUUCGUGCGACUACUGCGGUUACUUGCCGCACUCUCGCCAAGACUGCCCGCCGAAGAAGGCUACAUGCAACUUAUGCCACAAGAGAGGACACUUCGCUGCAGUUUGCCGUUCCAGGAAGAAGCGUCUCAGCCACAUUGAGCUGCUCGCAGUAAACGCCUCCUGCGAACUUGGUCGUUUCGUCAGCGUGGAAGUCGAUGGACGCGCUCUUCGCUUCAAAGUGGACUCGGGUGCCGAUGUGUCAGUAUUCUCCAAGCUGGAUGCACAAGCAGGAUUCCACCAGGUGCGUCUCUCUGAAAGCUCGCAAGAGUAUACAACGUUUAUUACUCCGUUCGGACGCUACUGCUACAGCCGCCUGCCCUUUGGAAUAACGUCUGCUCCGGAAGUUUUCCAGCGUCAGAUGUAUCGCAUUCUUGAAGGAACCGAUCGAAGGAUGCGUCAACAUGGUUGA